UCACUUUCAAUUUGUACUUUCUGUGCGAAGGUUGUGUUGAACGUUAAACUUAGGAACUUAGGAAAAGUGUUUGUGCUCUAAAGUGAAAUUAAAAAUAAUUGAUAAAACAUGGAUAAAGUGAACAAAAAUCAGUUACCGGACUCAUCAUCCUCUCCGCCAAUCAAUUCAAUCAACUUUCACGCAUUCGAUGAAGACUUGGUCAACGACUUACCGUCCUGUCUCUAUGUACAGGGUGGUCAUAAUCAACACUUAGGCAAUCCAAAUAAUGGAUUGAAUCCGAACAAUUUGAGACAAAUUCAACAUCAGUAUUUGCAUCAUUCAGAUUGUCUCGAAUCCACAUCAGCACAAAGUGUUUCGUCGAAUCCUUACGGAACUCAUUACAAAAUUCACCGGCAACAGGCCAACAUUAGAGAACGUAAACGUAUGCUGAGGUCCGCACCAAAUGGCAGCAUAAAUUCAGCGUUCGAUGAGCUUCGAGUCCACGUGCCGACAUUUCCGUACGAGAAAAGGCUCAGCAAAAUCGACACACUUCGUCUGGCUAUUGCGUACAUCUCACUAUUGCGGGAGGUCCUGGAAGCCGACUACGAUCCACUUACCUACGUUGAAAAGUGCCUACGUGGUGAAAUCAAAUGUGAAAGAGCUCACUGGAACACUAGCGAUCUAACAGCUCGUUUGUCCUGGAUAAAUUGGGAGAACUUGGGCGUUCAUCCGGGGCGUCGAACUCUACUUACUUCAUUGGCAUUGUCCAGCGAGCCACAUAACAUGAAUCCAAUGAUAUAAACGAGGCCAACGAUUGUAUUUCGAUAUAAGAAACGGUUUUUGCGUC